GCGCCGCUGCUCCCGGUGCCUCAGGCGAGCGAGGGGCAGGGCUCGGAGGCGCCGCACCGAGCGCUGCGCGGGGCGGCGGGGCCGGCGCCUCCCGCCGAGGGACGGCCCUCCCCGUCUCUGACGACAGCGGAAGCCGGGCAGCGGGGCCGGCCCGGGGCGUCGCGGCCGGCACCGGGCAGAGGCGGUGUCGCUCCGCCCGCGGCGGCGUCGUCCCGUGCGCUGCCCGGCCCGGCCCAGCCCAGCCCAGCCCAGCCCACUCCCGCAUGAGGCAGGCAGCCGGGGAGCCAGGCCGCGCCGCGCCGCCGGCAUGUCCGCACCAUGCUGCGCCGGCCAGUUGGCCUGCUGCUGCGGUACUGCCGCUUGUGCCUUGUGCUGCAAAUGCUGCCCCAAGAUAAAACAGUCAACCAGCACCCGCUUCAUGUAUGCACUUUACUUCAUCCUGGUGACUAUCGUCUGUUGUGUCAUGAUGUCAACAACAGUAGCCAAUGAAAUGAAAACGCACAUUCCCUUCUACAAGCAGAUGUGCAAGAGCAUUCAGGCAGGUGAGAUGUGCGAGAAGUUGGUGGGCUACUCUGCAGUGUACAAAGUCUGUUUUGGAAUGGCCUGUUUCUUCUUUUUGUUCUUCUUGUUCACCAUCAGAAUUAACAGCAGCAAAAGUUGCCGAGCAUACAUUCAUAAUGGAUUCUGGCUUGUUAAGCUUAUACUUCUGGCAGCAAUGUGCUCAGGAGCCUUCUUCAUUCCUGAUCAGGACAAUUUCCUCAAUGCCUGGCGCUACGUAGGAGCAACAGGAGGUUUCCUUUUCAUUGCCAUUCAGCUUAUCCUGCUCGUUGAGUUCGCACACAAAUGGAAUAAAAAUUGGACUGCAGGUGCAAACCACAAGCAGAUGUGGAAUGGUUUGCUCGCCCUGGUCACUCUCACCUUGUACUCCAUUGCUGUGGCUGCCCUGGUCCUCAUGGUUCUUUUCUACACACGCUCAGAGGGCUGCAUGUUCAACAAGGUCCUGAUCGGUGUUAAUGGUGGCCUGUGCCUCUUUAUGUCACUGGUGGCCAUAUCACCCUGUGUCCAGAAUCGCCAGCCCCGUUCUGGUUUGCUGCAGUCAGGAGUCAUCAGCUGCUAUGUUAUGUACCUCACUUUCUCAGCACUAUUCAGCAAGCCACCAGAAACGACCCUGGAUGAAAACAAUCAGAACAUCACAAUCUGUGUGCCUGAAUUUAGCCAAGACCUGCACAGAGAUGAAAACCUGGUUACUGGCCUGGGUACUACCAUUUUGUUUGGCUGCAUUUUAUAUUCUUGUUUGACCUCAACAACACGUGCAAGCUCAGAGGCACUGAAGGGAAUAUAUGCGGCACCUGAAACUGAAGUGGCUCGGUGCUGCUUUUGCUGUGUGCCUGAUGGAGAUGCUGAUGAUGAAGAGCCUCCUGAAAAAAGGGGAGGCCAGACUGUGAUUUACGAUGAGAAGAAAGGCACGGUGUACAGUUAUGCCUACUUCCACUUCGUUUUCUUCUUGGCUUCACUCUAUGUGAUGAUGACAGUAACUCAUUGGUUCCAUUAUGAAAGUGCUCAGAUUGAAAAAUUCUUCACCAGAACCUGGUCCAUCUUCUGGAUUAAGAUGGUCUCCUGUUGGGUUUGUGUGUGUCUGUACUUAUGGACUCUGUUUGCUCCACUCUGUUGCCCAACCAGAGAGUUCUCAGUGUGAACACUCAGAAGGUCCUUCUGUGUUUUUCUCUUCUCUUUUUUUCCCUCUGUUACAAAAAAAAAAAUUAGAACAGUUAUUUUGUAAUUGCAAAAUACCUAUUGCGUACUUACUGCAAUAUAUCAGUUAGUAACUUUUUAGUCAGACUAAACAAAUGAUUGAAGACUUUUUUACCUUUUUUAAUUGUCAUGAACAAGCAUUGCCCAAGGGAACAAAUCUGUUCCAAAACUUUAUAUUGGUGAUGUGUGCAGUGUAGGUAACACAGUUGUUGCAUAAACUGGAAUAAGUGAAAUGAUUUUCAAAUAACUGACAAUCUUUCUCUGGCUUCAUUGGCAAGAAAAGAAAAAAUCAUGGUGCAGAUGUGUUUUUUUCCUUCCUGUGAAUGUCGGAUAUCUUCUAGCAAAUAUGCAUUCCUUUUUAUACUCUUUUAUUAACUGUGUCUUUUACAGUUUGCAGUGAUGAUUUGGACUGCUGUUUUGUACAGGCAAUUUCUUCUGAAAACGUAACUAAAUACUUCUGUAGAAAUAGAGAAUACGUAAGAAUUUGACUGCCAAAGCAUCUACUAAAAUUGUUUAUCUAAAUAUUGAAUAUAUUAAGUUAUUGUAUACCUAGAUUGAGAAAGGAAUGUACCAAUGAUAAUAGAGUAUUUAUUCUAUUAUAACUUUAAAAGGCACCUGAAUAUUUUAUGCAAUUCAGAUCUGGUCCCAUUGUUAACAGAAGGAGAGCUCUACAACAAAUUCCUAAACUCUGAAUUUUGUCCCACUUUGCUUUGCCAGCUCACUUAAACUGCAAGUUGUGUGUACUGCACAGGGAUUUAAGAUACCGUCAUAAAGGUACAUUCUUUAUUCACAGUGUUUGCUAUUGAGAAAAUGCUAAAUACAGGAGCACUGCCAGUUGCUGUUAAAUUUAAAAGUGGAGUGCUCAUUUACUUUUCUGCCUUGUUGUUUCAGCUUGUGUCUAAAGAUCUCCCAGGAUCUUCAGUUCUGUUUCCCUUACUGAUUUUAUAAUAUUUUAAAUGCAUUGAUGAUCAGAAAAGGACUAUUGUGCAUUAUCUUCCUUUUCUGCCUGUGUGUUGGUUGGAAAGCAUUCUUUUUAACUGUUAUAUUUUUAUACUCCUCUGUUGAUGUUAGUUUUGCUGUUGGGAUGGAACUUAGCCAACCGAUCCAUUAAUGGAGACUAAACUUCUUUUGGAGAGCUCCUAUUCCAAGCCGUGGGGUAAGCAGUCAGAAAAACAAAACCAGAAGACACAAAUAUAACAGCAGCUGCCUUAGUACAAAUGACUGACUUGACAAUAUUAAACCCGACCAUGUCACUUUUAUUUGCUUUAAGCAGAUGAUUUGGUGGUGGAACAACAGCUCAGAUGCCCUAAAUGCUGAACAAGGUUGAACCCACUAUAAUUAUCUACAUUCUGGUGGGAUGAAUUUAUGACUUAAGCUAGUCCCAGAGGUUUUGUCUUAUAUCUCUAUAUAGAUAUACACACAUACAAUGUGAAAUAUGCAGGCUAUAAACAAAAUCAACUUAUUUAGCAUUUCUUUUUUUGAAAAAUGAUAGAGCCUUGAAUCUUCCCCAAUGCUUUCUGCAAAACAAAGAAAAGUGCAACAUAGAGGCCAAUGAGAUGGCCAAAAUAUUUGCAUGCCUUAUUUGUUCUUUUGAAACAAUUGAUGGCUAAUGCACACCUGGUGAGUAAUCCUAAUGUAACAGAUCUCAGUUCUGCUCUUAUUUUCAUUACCAUUUUUAGCUGACUUGUUGCUAUGGUGUCCAAGGGCUUCUGUCCUGCUUGAAGCUUGCUAGGGCUACAAUCUUCCCAAGGCCGUGCACUCUUACCUCAAAUGAAAUCUACAGGUCUGCAGUCCUGUAUACUUAUAACACCUACCCCAGUGAUUAGGAGCCUCAAAAUACAUCCGUCAUGAGAUCUGAGGGAAGGAGCAGUGUGUCCAGAGGUGACUCUUGCUGCUCUUCUCCUUGUUUUUGCCUAGGGGAAAAAAAACAGUUGAAGCUUAGCUUUGACACUGAGUUAGAAAAGCAACAAAUAGCUCUGGAGAGGGAGAAAGAUUUUUUUUCCUUUCCUUUUGCUUGUGCUGGGAGGUUCCGAUCUUGCCAAGAGCUCUGCUAGCAUGGGGGCCUGUCAGGAUAUGUCUGCCUGCAUUUGGAGUCCAGCCACGCAGAUCCUUCUGAAGCAGAAAAAGGCGUUUGUUAAUGCUUUUGCAAUCUAUAAGCCUUUUUCUGUCCCAUCUUAGGAUAAGAGCUUACGGGCUGUGCAAUGAUGACUAGCAGUUUUCCUGCCUAACUCAUAGCAGCUAUUCUGACAGUCUUGAUCCAGUGCUAGAGCUGUGAGCUGCAACUGAGAUAACCCAGGCUAUUGCCUCCCUUGGCAAAUGCAGUUUCCUGAAGUGUAGAGGCUUGCAGGAGCUGCCUUCUAGUCCCAUAUGUGCCAUAUGUGUUGUACUAUGAGAAACCAAACAUGUUUUGUUUAAAUUAGCGAUAUUUUUUUUCAGAACAAUCUGGGCAAGGAGCUCUACAGAAGGCGGCGUGCACUAUGUUAAGUUGUAAGGCAGGGAACGGUAACUGUUCUCUGGUUCUGAUAGCAGGCAUCCCAGUCACAAAUGUGGGUGAUCUUAAAACAUAUCUUGGCCAGUGGAUCUUCGUACUUAUUUAUGAAAACAUUUACUUUAUGUAAGAGUAUCUGCCUGCAUACGGACUCCCUGCACCUCCUUUUGCACAUUUUUUUAUACUUUGUAUUUAAGGAAGUAGGUUUUGCACAGAGGAAACAGGGUUGUAAGGGGAAAGUCCACAGUGAGGCCUGAGUCCAUUCUUACACAGCACCCACCUCACUGAGUUGCUCCUUUGUCCUUCCCUUCCACCAGCUAUUGACCGCAUCUAGAUCUGCGGGUGUACAUAAGUGGGAAUGGGGUAGUGCCUAACUACACUGCUUUGUCUGCUUCUGAGCAAACAGACCCGAAAAUAACUAUGAGGACCUAUGUGUCCAUGCUGUGGCCCCAGAUCCCAGCUGUGGAUCCCUAGGCCUUUCUAAGGAAUCAGUAACUGGUGGUACCUGGCUGUGCAAAGCCUCUAGUUCCUCGAUGAGGCACAGCUUCCUGCUGGCCAGGCAAGUGUUACAGCCUUAGCAUUCGCUGUAAAAUCUGUACUGUGAACUUCCAUGUGCAACUACUUAAUAAAAUCCUCCGCUAGGGUUGAGGAUUCAAAUGCCCAGUUCAUAGAUUCUAAACAGUUCAUGCAAAUGGACUUUUAAAACCUUUUUAAGAAGUGCCUUCACACCUACUGCUGUGACAGCUAAUAAUUCAGGUGGCACUGGAACUGGAGAACCUGAACUGAGCCUGUGACUGGGUGAUGCUGCCUUGUAUGUUACACUGGUGCGUACAAGACAGUCAGACCCGUGGAGCAUGUGGAAGACCUCUGGGGAUAAGACUGAUUCAAAUAUUACUGUGCAGUGGAAGAUGAACUGGGAAAACUCACAACCAGCCUGAUGCUUUUGUAAAUAAAUGAGUAGUUGUUGCUUACAUUUACAUUGAAACUGUAAACAGUUAACUUUCUCUCCUCAUACCUGAAAGUGCAGGAUAGGUACCUAUCCUGCCUUGUGCCACAAUUGUUAACUAAAUUUGUUCCCGGAUGCAAGUGGUGCAGCAUUUCUGGCUCCUAAUAUUUUUGGGCUGUGUGAAGUGAGGAAGCUGUUGUUACAAAGACAGGAAGACCAGAGAACAUAUCCUGUACUAAGUUUCCUCCAGUCAAACUUGAACUAAUGCUGCUGUUCAAUGGACUCUUGGAGAAACAGAGAGUGUUGGCAGAAGUUAUUUCUGCUGGGAAGAUGAAACAAUUCUGGAGUUUUCCUACUUUUUCAAAAUAGCUAUCGUAAGAAAGGUUAUUUGGAACCUCUCUGCUGCGCUGCCAUCUGAGACUGGAACAAUUUUAGUUCUCAUGAAGGCAACUGAGAGCUGCAAUUGUGACUGGUUCUUGUUUGGGGUAAAAUCAGUGGGAUGGAUUUGGAGAGCAAGUCUCUGAAUCCAAAUAGCUGGACUGACAAAUGAGACCAUAAAACCUUGUGAAGAACAUGUGGAAAGCAGAUGGAUAUACUUGUUUGCUGUUUACCACCUAGUUCCUCAAAACAUGCAGGCAACCCUUGCAGCUGGAUGCCAAGUAAGGAACUCCACUGUGAUCACACAUCAGAGUCAUUAUAUGUUUGUGAUACUCUUAACUUUGUACUUCAUGCAUUUCCAUGACAUUCAAAAAGCUUGUACUUGCCCAGCUAAUUCGGUAAAUCCUGGCUGGGUUGGGCCACUUUUGCUGAAACGGGUAAUUCAGUGUUGCUAAUGUAUGUGUCGUCCAGAGAGAGGGCAUAUCCCCUCACAGAAUCAUAAACGCUGCAUGUCUAUUUAUUUAUUUAUUUUGUGUUUUAGCACCUUUUUACAAAUCUAGAUGCGCUUUGGGAUUAUAAACUAUGCACAUGUAACUGCUUCAUCUGCUACUGGUGCAGCCAUUUCUGGGCUAGAACUUUGCUAUUAAUGAAGCAACUGUUGCACUUGCAAAAAAAGCUGAUUUUUAACAGUUUUCUGGUUUUGACCAAUGCAUUAGGAUAUUUGGGAAGUCAGGAUAGUGCUACUUGAGCUUUGGGUAGCAGCCCACAGUAUCAUGGCAUCUCUGAACAGAUAGGUAACAAAAUAAUUGACUGACUGCUUUUAAAACAUGCUAUAAAGAUUUUAUGGUAUAAACUGUUAGGCUUUUAGGCUUUUCUCCUAAAUAAGUUCAUGAAGCAAAAUACCAUGAGACUGUGCCUGUGUGGCUAGAUGAACAAGAUGAUCUGCAGCCAAAAUUUUGCUCUCAUGUUCCCUUCUGGGCUUUACAAGCAAUGUCUUUUGCUUGCAGGUUGUAUUUCCUUGCUUUAUUUGCCUUUUUCUCCUUGGAUUUGUUUUCUAAAGGCAUUUCAGACCUGCUUCAUUCCCAUUCUGCUUCCUGUCAAGUGGGAUGCCUAUGGUGCUAGAAACUAGCAAAGACUGCUUUAUCAGGUCUUGUUGAUCCUUUCCUUUUUAUAGCAGGAUAACCUGCAGUGUUGAAGCAAAAUCAAGGAUCAUAGUUUAUUAUAUGGAUCAGUUUUCCUCUGUGAAAAUCGCUUCUUUGUUUUCUGAAGAGGCCUAGAAGUUCUUCUGGGAGGAAGACACAUAAUCGGUGCCAUGACAUUUUACUGUGUUUUCAAUUUUGUAAACAGUAGUUUGAACUGAGUGUUCCACAUGACUGUACAAGGGAAUGCCAGGGGUCAAGUGCUUAGAAAGGUUUGGCGUUUUGUACUUAGAACAGGAUACAUAGCUUGGGAACUGGUAUGUCUCUGCAUUUUCAACUUCCUGAUGGCAGAAUGCCCAAGUGCCCCACGAUGGGGAUGUAGACACACUGCGUGGGGUUUGAAGUAGAAACUUUGGGAGACUGGCAUGACAGCUACUUUCUAAUGCCCGAAGUAACUCUGUAGGUUUCAAGUACGCCUUAAAUACAAUUUGUUUUGGGUUUUUUUUUUCCUCAAACCUGGUUUUGACUCAUUCCCCACCUGUCCAAUAAUGUUAUUUUUUGAAAGUUGAAAUUUAUUUCAGAUGUAAGCCAUGUCGGCUUUCCUCCAUUUGCCAGUCUCUGAUAGCUCCCAGUGCUGAAGCAUACAGGUGUUUGCACAAACUUCUUCAGAGCCACAGCUGACAGCUUUGAAACUGCCCCAGCAACUUAAAGCUUCCAGGGCUUUUGCUCACCAGAGUUGUGGGGUGCAGCACUGCAGCUGUGCUUUUGCCAAAGAAGCCUCGGUGCGAAGCCAAGAAGAAUUUUGGAAAGCUAUGGGGAAAUAACAUCUCGUUACUUGUACCAUAGCUUUAUUUUAACUCCUACUGUUAUGUGUCCAGUUGCUUAGGUGUCGUUGGACAUCCAUGCAAACUUAAAGUGAGGAGAAUUAACUUUCAGAGGAAAUUGUUCAAAUUAUCAUGUACAAGCUGAGAAAAUAUUUAGUAGGAAUAUAUAGGUUCACUGUCCGCUUUUUGUUUACCUCCAGCCAGUGGUGUUCAGUCUCAUAUAUGCCAUGUUCGAAAACUGGAUGCAAAGUAGUCAAAAUGUAAACACUUUUUCUUAAUGGUGAGGGGUUUUUAAUUAAUCUUUUUCAAGGUUCUUAAUAUCUCAAGGGAACUUUUUGGUGUGUAUGUGUGGUUUUAUUUUAUUAAUCUGUAGCCCAGUGUAGUGGAGGUUUGCUAGUUUAUUUAACAUUUUUUGCAAGUGUUGUGAACUGUAGUAACUGUAACACUUUGACUUUUAAGGAUCAGUAAAGAUUUCAGAUUUUUAAGAUCUUAAUCGUAAAAUAGUAAACAGCUUUGCAUUUUUAAAGCAUGUUAAUGGUUUUAAUGGACACUUCCUUUUGUAUACUGAGUGAAUGUAUUGUUAUAGAUUUAAUGUUUAAUGGACCAAUAAAGUUUUUCUUCACAUUGGAAA